AUGUCUCGAAAGUAUAUAUAUUUUUUAUUUUUUUUGAUUAUAAACAUAAAGAUAGUAAAAUUUAGUAAAGCAACAUUUAAUUAUUUAAAUGAAAUAGAUUUUUCCCCACAAUUUGAAAAAAUAUUUGAAAAUUGUUUUUAUAUCCCCAAUACAUUAUGUUUAGGGGGAACAAGCUCAGUUAUUACUGCUGAUAACAUUCAUAGAGGGUUAAUAGGAAAAUGGACAUUUGAUGAUGUAUAUGCAAUUGAUUAUAGUUCAAAUAAUAAUCAUAUGCAUAAAUUUAUAAGACCAGCUCCAGGUUUUAAUGGACAUGGAUAUAGUGGUGCCUUUUUGGGUGAUAUGUCUGGAUUUGUACCUGCCUCAGAUACAUUAAAAUCAACCGAAUUUACCAUAAUAUUUUGGAUAUAUUUAUUAGAACAAUCAACUAGCCAUUUUCGUAAUAUAAUCUCGCAAAUUGAUGGAGAAGAAGAGAAAAUAGAGAUAUUGUUACAUCCAUAUAUAACAAGACUAUCUAUUAAAAUAUUUGGAGAGAAUAAUUCAAAUGAGGGUUUAUCGUCUAUCGGAUAUAUCCCAUUAAGGAGGUGGACAAAUGUUGCAAUAAAAUUAAGUGAAAAAAAUAUAGAAAUAUAUAUAAAUGGAAUAUUUGAUAAUUCUGUACAUUUAAAAAAUAAUAAUAUAGAAAAAAAAGGUGAUAUAAAUAUUGGGAAAAAUUCUAAAUAUUCAAGCUUUAAUGGUUACAUUGAUGAAUUAUAUUAUUAUAAUCGGAAUUUAAGUAUAUCAGAAAUAAAAUCUUUUUUGCUUCCUAGUAUAACUGGGAUUAGUGAUACAGAAUUUGUGUAUGUAGGACAUUAUUCUUGUGAUUAUAAAUUAGCUAUGAGUAUAAGCUUAUGUAAAGAUAAUUAUCGUUUAUGUUCUUCAACCGAUUUUUAUAAUGGUGUUAUUCAUUAUGCUAGAGUUAAUGGAAUAAUAUCAGAAAAAUCAAAUUUAUGGAGUUUAGAUAUUUCUCCUGAUUUGUUUCAAAAGGGAGAGAAAAGAAUUGCACUAUGUUGUAAAGUCUACAAUCAAUCAUAG